ACCGUCACACACCAUGGGAUUUAAGGUAAUUGCACUCGCCGCCCUUGUGGUUGUCGCCCUCGCUCGCCCUGAGAACAUACCGCCCUAUGGUUAUGGCGGAACAACGCCCUCUUCAGGACCUGCCAAGUACGACUUCAACUACGCCGUCAACGACCCACCAUCUGGCAACGACUUCGGUCAUCAAGAGGCCCGAGAUGGCCCCAACACUCAGGGUUCCUACUACGUCCUCCUUCCCGACGGUCGUCUUCAGAAGGUCACCUACACUGUCAACGGAGACUCCGGUUACGUGGCCGAUGUCACCUACGAGGGUGAGGCCCAGUACCCCACCGCGCCACCGCGCCCCUAUACACCCGCCCCUUAUCAUGCGUAGGUACUCUUUGUAUAGCUAAACACAUUUUGUAAUCUGUGGAUAAUUUAAUAAAGUUGCACA